GAUUGUACGACCCCCAACGGUAGAGUUUCGAUUCCUUUUACAGCUGAAAGAUUGCUGUAAAAAUGGACGAUAUAUCAAUAUCUUUUGAGUAGCACUACCUAACUAGAUCGCAAAAGCUUCACCUCUUUCGGUUUUAGAAAUUUACUUGCAGAAAGUAAAAAGCUAAUAACGUACAACUUCUUUAUCAUCUGAAUCGACUAAAAAUUUUUUACAACACAUUUAACAAAAUCAAAAUCCGCCUAUACUACAGCUUUGACUUUAUUGUAAAACUACACUUCUUCAAAAACAAAAACAGCAACAUGUCUGGAACAACUUAUAGUAGCUAUUUUUCAAAGAGGAUUAUGUACUACUUUCCGCUCUUCCUCUUGAUUUUUGUCACUUUUCUCUCCUGUUUGUCGUUGUGGCAAGUUCUGGGUGGCUCGGUGGUUGCUACAGCACCGGAAAAUACUGCGGACCACAGUGCGGCGACGGGAGCUCUGAACAACAUUUUUGUGGAUGAAAGUACAACGAGAAUAAAGCAUGAACAUGAAGCUUCCGCGCCGCUAUGAAAGCCUCAGGUUGGAAAUCCUCAAACUGGAAAUAAUUUGUAAUGCAAAAAAACGACGCCAGUUGAAGCGCCAUUUGUACUUGGCGCAUGACAAAUUUCCCGGACACUUAGAGCAUGUCUGUCAUGCAGGUUAAGGCAAAGGAGUGCUCUUCUGUCGUGCUAAUCAGCACCUCAAUUCUUCGCCCCUAGCAGGACAAUAGUCGGCCUCCAUUGCGUUCUCUGCAAUACAGUUUUUUUGGUGUAGCAUUUCAUGCAUCACAAAUCAUUUCCACUUUGAGGAUUUCCAUUCUGAGGCUUCCAUAGCCGCGGUCCGCAGAGGCCCGCCGGUUUUUGUGGGGCAACAUUGACUGGAGUUCCUGGUGGGGGGGAGCAAGCGCAAGCACCAAACCAUCUUCUUCGUCGGAUGAACAAGAGAAAAAAGAAAACGAGAAAGACUCGUCCUCCGACUGGUGGAACUGGGAUUGGAGUAGGGAAAAGGAUGAUAACGCCAAAUACGGUGAUGAGGAUCAGAAAUUAUCCUGGGACGAUUUUCACGCAGGUACAAGUUCAUCUCUCGAAAACAAAGCCAAGGACUGGGCCGAGGAUGUCGCGAAGGACACGCUGAAAGGUCAUGCGGACAAUUUGAAAUCGACCGUGGAGGAGAAGAAAAAAGACGUGAAGUCGACUAUCGAAACCCACGUGGAAAACGCUAAGUCGAGUUUGAAGGAGCAUUAUGUUGACUCAGCGAAUAAAUCGAAUGUCAAGACCCAGCUGCAAGAAAAGGAAAAGCUGCACGGGAGCGAAGGAAAGGAUAACAAGGGAGGUCAAGGAGAGAAAGAGAACACGAAGCCGAAGGAAAACAAUACUCCCACGACCUCCGCUAAUGUGUCCACCCGAACUUCGUCAAAUUGGAACGAAGACGGGCCCUACGCCGGGCAGGGGUACAAUCCCCCAGCAGACGUGCGGCAGAACAGCCUCUGCGUGGUUACCGCUUGUCAGGAAUACGAGGCGGGAAGAUGGGACUCCGAUUGCUGCUCGCACCCCAGUUCUGCUUUUUGCGCGCCCGGACACCGGUACGAGGUCGGGGCGGAGGGAUGUGGGUGGGGGUUGACAAUGGGGCAGAGGUCCACGUGCUGUGUUAUGGACAGUGCUUUUAUGCAAUACAAAUUUUCUAUUUAUUCCCGUACACGUACAGCGAGUAUGCACCGAGCAUGACAAGUUUUUAGCUACUUCUUAGAAGCCGACACUUGUGAUGCUAAAUAAACGAUACCCAGAGGACCCACAGAGGAUUUUUUUCUUCCAAGAAUACGAAUUUGUAGUUGUACGUGGAGUGUGGAAAGAAAAUCCCUUUUACCAUCGUGAUAGCUUUUCCAAACGGAGACACGGGGAGGACGACGAGAGAUCAAUCCUCAACGUGGGCCUCGACGACUGAUAAAGGUACCGGCAAUAUGAACUGCAAAAGUAUCGUACUCGUACAAAUGCAUGACAAAUUCCCUCAGCAUGAGAGAUAAAAUUUGUAAUGCGGGUUUACCUUGAGAAAAAAAUUUGUAAUGCAUGAUCGCAAUACGAGUGCGAUACUUUUGCACAGGAUAGGCAAAGGAAGUGAGCAACCUUCUGCAACUCCUGGAACUUCUAACGACCCAAACAGUCCGGCCGAGAACUUUUCAAACAAAGGCACUGGUAAAGGAAGUGCUCCUUCACCUUCUCAGCCAACAAGUAGUGGCAGUGCCACUUCUGGCACUCCACCUUCCGCGUCGUCGUCGUGUAAAUGGGCGUACGGGACAACAUCCACACCCGCACCGACCACGACGAAUUCCAUCGGUGUUGUCCGUAUCAUCGGCGACAGCUGUCUGGACGGACAGGGCGUGCAGCAGGGUCUGGCGGAAACGCUUGAAACCACCGUGGCGAACUGCGCCCGAGGCGGCGUAUGCACGGCAAAAGUAUACGUGUUUGUAUAAAUGCAUUAGAAAUUUCUUCAGCAUGAGAAAUAGAGUUUGUAAUGCGAAUUUACGUCAACAAGCAGACUUGUAAUGCAUGGCUGCAAUUACUACGAGUGCGAUACUUCUGCAGUUCAUACGGCGCGACGCUGGGCGACAUUUACCAUCGGCAAACCCCCUGCUCCGCGGACCCGAACUGUCCGACCUGGAGCAUUGUGGGCGGUGGGCGAAACGGAGUGGGGAAUAAUUAUAACAUGGACGCUGUCACGGGAACCACGACUACAUCCAAGCUCGCGGCCAUGAGGCAGAUCGUGGAUCGGGAAGUCCAUAGCGGUAGGAAAGUGAUCCUCUUCCUCUACCCCCCUGAUAACGCGACUGUCGAUCCGGAUUCCCCCGUGAACUCGUUUCAGGAUGAGUUUAAAGCGAAUCUCGUCGACAAUCAAAUAUGAGAGUGCGCAACUCCCCCUCCCCCUCAUUUGUCAUGCAAAAUUCCAAAUCCACCCUUCGCCUGUUGGCACUGUUUGCAUGACAAGCAAGUACAUUAUAUCUUGCCUCACUUUUUAAGAGGGGUUUUUUCGUAGUUGGGACUGUGCCAUAGUAGAUCCUUUACCGCUUUUUUACUUUUCUUUUAUCCCUUGGCGCUGGUGGGUCUGCCGGCAAAAUUAUCCCUACUCAGAUAGCUACAAAGCUCAUCCCGCAGCCGUCCCAGGAGCUUUUGUAGCUGUCUCUCGGUAGAGAUCGCUUUGUCCGUGCUUAUUCCGCUCAGAGUUUGCUGGGUAGGUGGUUACCGUUUGUAGCUUUUAUAAAGAAAUGGGACGCCCUGCCCUUAGCCUUCCAACAUGACAGACUCCGGAAUCCAAAACAGCACUGCAGUCCCCUAGGAAUUUGUCAUGCAAAAGCUGCAUCUUUGCCAGUGCUUGUGUUGCUGUUCAUGCAACACAAAUGAGGGGGAGGGGGAGUUGUGCACUCUCAUAUCAAAGCGUGUUCCUUUACGACCCGCGGGAAGACGUCCGAUUCGCCUUCAACGACCCGGCCAGCCGACAGUACCUAUGCAUGGCAGAAGUGUCUCGGUCUGGAAGGUUGCAACAUGUCAUGCUAUGUCUGGACUGUGAGAAAAUCCUGUGUUGCAUGGUUACCAAAAGUUGUCUAUAUAUUUUUGACCACUCAGCGAGGAAGUUUCUCAUGCGGGCUAGGCAUGAGAAAGCUCAUCUCACAGAAUCUGUCAUGCUAUGUCCUGCACGCCAGACCUCAUGGGUCAUGGGAAACCUGCGUGACAAGUCUCCCAAUCUCCCAGACCCGGACAUAUUUGCAUUUGAUAGUACCGCGCGGCGGAUAACUCGCACCCGAGCGAACUAGCGAGGUUGGAGAUGGGCCGUGAUGUGGGGAAAAUGAUUCGGAAAUUGAUGGAUACUUCGGGUGGAAUUGUGGGCGGUGGCGAGGGUACUCCGUACGUGCCGCCAACUGGAGGAGCUCCUGCACUGGACGCAGCCAACCCGAGCACCGAGAAAGGCACGGGGAAGGGAGCUGAUACGCAGAUGCCCUCCAAUACCGGCGGGAAUGACAUGCCACCAGCGGGUUCUGACGAGACAAAUAAAGGCACGGGGAAGGGCGGUGACACGCAGAUGAUGCCACCCAGCACUGGUGGGAGUAUGCCCCCUGCUACAGGCUCUGACCAAUCUGACAAGGGCACCGGGAAGGGAGGUGACAUGCAGAUGCCGCCUAGCACCGGUGGAAAUUACAUGUCACCAGCAGGAAGUUCUACUGACCAGACAAACAAGGGCACUGGAAAAGGCGACACGCAGAUGCCACCCAGCACCGGUGCUGGGAAUGAUUUGAUGCCCCCAACAACCGGCUCCAAUGAUGGCCCUACAACUGACAAGGGCACGGGGAAAGGCGAAAGCCCUAGUAGCCCGCCCACCACUGGAACCAUGCCGGGCACGGGUUCUGGUGACGCAAGCAAGGGAACGGGCAAAGGGGUACUUACUUAUUUAUUUUUCAACUACUUUGUCAUGCCUGCUGCUGCUACGGCUUUGCAAAACGAAACUUUCCGACUCUGUCAUGUAUGUUGAUACAACUUGGCAAAAGAGAAAUCGAAGAUCUAAAACCCAACCAUCAUUCACAAUCAACAGUCCGCCCCCGGAGCAGGCGGACCCGGCGGCUCUUCCCCCGCGACCACUUGCACCAAUCGUCCCUGCGCCGCCCCGCUUCUCGGUGACAUUGCUUUCACAACCAGGAAUGGAGUCGUGAAUAACCAAGUUGUCCACCCGGCCGGGGAAAAUAUCUACGGCCCCUUUGAGGCCGGGUUCGGCGCGCAGCAGAAUUUCAUCCUGGAGCAGCUCGGUUGCGCAAACGGGAACGACGGGCAUGUGGAUGGGGGAAUCGACACGCAUAUGGAUUGCAAAAGUAUCGUACUAGUACAAAUAGCAUUACAAAUUAACUCAGCAUUACAAAUGAAAUUUGUAAUGCUGUUUGACCUUGGGAGCGAGAUUUGUCAUGCAUUGCAAAGCAAUUACUACAAGUGCGAUACUUUUGCAGUUCAUAACGCACUUGGCGGAGCAAUUAGUUGCAUUUCAAUGCAACAUUGACUUGCCCCGGUACGACCACAGUACAACAAAUUCUGCCGGCGAGUACAUUUCUCUUCUCGACGAUAUGGCGUUCUCAAACGUUACAUUCUGAAUUGUUACACGUUUUGUCAUGCAGAUUUACAAUCAGAAUCGACACGAUGAAGCUGCUUCGCAUGACAAAUUCUCGAAGAGCCAAACAGGCUGGGAAUCUGUGCCAAAUCUGUCAUGCAAGACACGCAAGGCCACCCCUUUCACUUUUGCCAUUCCUGCAUCACAAACUCAUGUAACAGCUGAGAGUGUAACAGUUGAGAGCGCCAUAGACGAGUGCGGCGGACACACGCGCGAAUACCACUUCCACGAGAGACUCAGCUGCUUGUACGAGUCGGGGUUUGGAACCAGUGGGGUCUACCAUUCGGUAGCAAUCGGUGCCGAGGCUGGUACUAGUUCCUCUGCUGGUGAUGGUACAACUUCUAGUAGAAAGCAACUGUACGGCAAAUUCGAAAACACAGAACAGGGUUUGUUACCGAACCUCGACGCCUGCAACGGUAUGCACUGCAAAUAUGUCUGGGUCUGAAAACUUGUGAUGCUAAAAUGUGGAUGAUGGAAACACUUUCGAAUGCAGCCCAGCAUGACAACUUUCCAGAGCGCUUUCUCAUAGGCAGUCCGCAUGAGAAACUGCGUACAAAAGAGGCCGCGACUCUUGUUGGUUAUGCAGUACAGAUUUCCUAGCUAUGAAAAGCUAGCAUUACAAAUUCCAACUUUCCAGACCCAGACAUAUUUGCAUUUGAUAAACGGGCAUUUCGGCACCACCCCGGAUAGCAACAACGAAGUCGUUUAUCAUUAUCACGUGACGGAGCGUCCGCCUUUCACGAUUGAUAUGACAGUGCACAACUCGUCUCCCUCCCCCCCAUUUGUCAUGCAAAACCCCAAAUCCAAGUGCUUCCCUUUGGCACUGUUUGCAUGACAGAUUCGUCCAGAAGCCCAAACAGUACUACUUACACGAGGCGCGUCGCAAAUUUGUCAUGCACAGGCUCCACGUGUGCUGGUGUUUGUAUUGCUGUUCAUGCAAUACAAAUGAGGGGGAGGGGGAGUUGUGCAAUCUCAUAACUGGCUGCUACGGCCCGGAAUACGGCACGGAGACCCUCGCAACCACGGGGGAAAUCAUCCAAGUCGAGAAGCUUGUGACGCUAUGCAUUGCAAAUAUGUCUGGUUCUGGAAACUUGUCAUGCUGGGUGGCGUAUCAUGAGGAGGCCACAAUUACUGGCUCAGCAUGACAAGUUUCUGAGCUCCUUCUAGGUGUUGCCUAUUCUGCAUGACAAACUGCGUCUCUACUGCAUAACAGAAAAGUGGGGCUCUUGGGCAAUGUGCGUGACAGAUUUAAGAGUCAUGCCAGACAAGCAUGACGAACGUGCAUUCUUCCAGACCCAGACAUAUUUGCACUUGAUAGACGCUGGAAAAGUGUCGCAGCUUGUACAGUGGGUGCGGGUCGACUCCGGUGACGCUGACGGUUCGAAAUGCGGCUGGGUAUCAAAUGCAAAUAUGUCAUCUGGCUCUGGAAUGUUGCAGGACUUGUCAUGCAGGUUUUCCAUGACCCAUCAGGUCUGGAAUGCGAGACCCAGCAUGACAGAUUCUCUGAGGUCUCUAUCAUGCCUUUCCUGCACGAGAAACUCCCUCUCAACUUGGUCAAAAGCGGACAGCUUUUGGCACUCACGCAGCACAGAUUUUUGCAUCAUUCAGAUUUAGCAUGACAAGUUUUAAUCUUCCAGACCCAGACAUUUGCAAUGCAUACUGGGACUGCGGAGCGGAUUCCUUACCGGAAGUGGUGUCCGUGUUACGACCAGAACGGAUCGAACGUUGGGAAUGCAGAGUUGAAAGUCUUUGCUGGAGCUGACGUGACGCAGAUGAAAAGUGUUGCAGCAGUGCCCGGCGCUCCGAUUUAUGCGACACUGCCGCCGGCACCUGCAACGACUGCUGUUCCCCCAGCAACGACUGCUGUUCCCCCAGCGGCGCCUCCGGUCGCCACAGCAGCGCCACCAGUCGCCACAGCGGCACCACCAGUCGCCACAGCAGCGCCUCCGAUCGUGGUAACGACAGCCGCUCCACCCUCCCCACCGAUUCUGCCGCCGCCGUCCAUUAAGGGCUUCGUCACUGUCGCCGGGAAUAACAAGUGGGGCGGGGUGCAUCCGAGUAUGUGCAUGCGGGCGGCGUUCGGAGGGGACGUCACGACUAACUCCCACGAGCUGAUUGCCGACAAAGCGAAUGUGCGGUGUUGCUCGGUCGAUGAGAAAGGCAAGAUCAAGAUGGACAAGUAUGGUGGGACUAGACACGGAAGGGACGUCUGCGAAGAUUUGAAAGACAUGCCGUUUGAAAAAGCCCGGCACCACUGCGUUUCGCACGGCUUCCGGCUCUGCACACAGGAGGAACUGGAGGAAAACCGAGCCGCCGGCACCGGCUGUUUGUUCGACCGGACCCGCGUCUGGUCCUUAUGCAUUGCAGAUAUGUCUGGGCCUGGAAGAGUGCAAACUUGUGAUGCGCAUUUCACAACACAUAAAAAUCUCUCAUGCAUAGGCAGCAAAACCAAAAGAAGUUACCCACUUUCUGUCACGAAAGUCGGGCAUUUGUCAUGCGGAUUCGGCAUUGCGGAGGCUUGUCGAAACCUGUGAUGCGAGAGCUUCCAUGCCAGCCCUCCUGUGUCAUGCAAAAGCAGCAUGACUCUUACAGACCCAGACGACAUAUUUGCAAUUCAUAGUCCUCGACUCAGUGCGAUUUGUCCAAGGACUGCGGUUGCGACGUGACCAGCGACACCCAGCCGGUUUGCGGCAAAAAUGGACAGACGUUCAAAAACCGGUGUCUCGCGAUGUGCAAGCAGUAUCCAGUGCAAAAGUAUCGUACUAGUAUAAAUCGCAUUACAAAUCAGCUCAGCAUUACAAAUCAAACCUGUAAUGCUGUUUUACCUCAGGAGAGAGAUUUGUCAUGCAUAACAGCAAUUACUACGAGUGCGAUACUUUUGCAAUUCAUAAGCAAGUCGAGGUGGCGAGCCUCGGGCCCUGUGCGUUCGCCGGGGAGCGGGUUGUCACCGUGGUCGGGAUAUCAAAUGCAAAAAUGUCUGCGUCUGUGAGGAUGCGAACUUGUAAUGCUGCACCUGGAUUCUACAAAAAUCUGUGUUGCGUGAACAGCAAAAGAGGUCCAAUUUUUGCCACUGCGAGAGGGCAUUUCUCAUGCGGUAUACGCAUCAGGAAGCCCUCACAAAAUCUGUGAUGCUAGGGCAUGCACCACAGACAUCUGGACCCAUGCUAAAUGUGCAUGACAAACCUUGCCUCCUUCCAGACCCAGACAUAUUUGCAUCUGAUAGGGGAAUAAAAAGUUCAACGAACUAAUCCCCUCGUAUUGCACCGUCGCGCAGGAGAAGGCUAAUGUCCGUUGCUGCAGCAAGGACGGGAGCGGAAAGAUCAAGAUGGGGGAGUACGGCGGGGUGAGCCAGGGACGGGAUGUCUGCGAUGAUUUGAAAGACAUGACAUUCCCCGAGGCGGAGCAACACUGCGAGGCACACGGGUUCCGGCUCUGUAAGCAAGAUGAGCUUGAGUCGAACCGUGCGGCGGGCACGGGGUGCAUGUUUGAUGUCACCCGAGUUUGGUCCAAGACCAAGUGCGGCGGACCGGAAGAGUGCUACUGUUCGUUGGAUGAAACAGAGUACGGCCCGGUCUGCGGGUCGGACAACAACACGGACAAAAACGAGUGUUUGGCAAAGUGUAAAAAUGCCAAAGUGCAGCAUCUCGGGUCUUGCUCCGCUAGUCUGCCGAAAUUAGUCACCUUGGCCGGCAACAAGCGGUGGAGCAACAGAAACCCGAAAAUGUGCGCCGCCGCGGACGCGAAAGCGAACAUUCGGUGCUGCGGGGAAAAGAAAAUCACCAUGGACAAGUAUGGCGGGACUAAGAAGGGCAGGGAUGUCUGCGAUGAUUAUGAACUGCAAAAGUAUCGUACCUACUAGUAUAAAUCGCAUGACAAAUAAUUUCCUCAGCAUGAGAAAUUAAGUUUGUGAUGCGGGUUUACGUAAAGAAAACAAUUUGUAAUGCAUGUCUGCGAUUACUACUAGUACGAUACUUUUGCAAUGCAUAACGAUCUGAAGCAAGCGACGUUUUUCGAAGCCGAGAAGCAUUGUACUGAUCACGGGUUCCGACUCUGCUCCGAGGAAGAAUUGGAAACGAACCGUGCGGCAGGAACCGGGUGCCUUUUUGACCGGACGAGGGUAUGGUCGAGCAGUACCUGUGACAGUACCGAAGAUCCGCCGGUGGCUACUACUUCUCUUCCGCCGCCCCCAGUAACGACCAAAGAACCCCCGGCGCUGUGUCACUGCACAAAAGAGUACAACCCUGUGUGUGGACUUGACGGCACCACCUACGGCAACCCGUGCAUGGCAACGUGUGCCAACGCAGAGAUCGCUUACGAAGGGGAAUGUAAGGACGACGACGAGGAGCCGAUCUUCACGGGCCCGCCGCCUUGUUACUGCACGGAGGAAUAUGCACCCGUUUGCGGCCACGAUGGGAAGACGUACGGUAACUCCUGCAAGGCGGACGGCUGCGGAUAUGGUCCGGGGGUGGAUUUUGUUGGGGAAUGCGAAGAUGAAAAUAACCAAAAUAACAACCUCCCCCCACCCUCCUGGUCGAAGAUGCUGCUCGGCGCGAGAGCGCACCUCUCUUCCACGCUCGCGCACUACGAGGCGCAGGCGUGCUUCGACGGGAGACGGACGACACUGGAUCCGCGAGAGCCGAAUUCGGUUUGGGACAAAGCGGCUAUGCCGGAAAACGCCCCGAACAUCCGGAAUUGGGUCCACGACGUUUUCCCGAACGUCGCGCACUACGAAUCGGGGCUGCCGUGUCGGUAUGCACUGCAAAAACAUCGUACUCGUACUAAAAUGGCGUUUAUGCAUUACAAAUUUUUUUCUUAAGGCAAAUCCGCAUUACAAAAUUAAUUUGUAAUGCUACGUCAAUUUGUCAUGCAAUUUGUGCUAGUACAAGUACGACUACGACACUUUUGCAGUUCAUACUCCUUCCGGUUGGGGCCGAAACACCUACAUCUUCGCGGAGUACCCCCAAAGAAUCGAGGUGACAAACUUCGAAGUGUAUCCCUUUAUCGAACGGCCGUACCGGUUAGUCGCGCCGGGGCAGCACCCGAUGUGCGACCCGCGACCGAAGAUGUUGGAGGUUUCUUCCGGGAGUAGUACAGAAGUAGUUCCGGGAUUGGGAACAACUUCUACUCCCCCCCUCCGUUUCGGCACCGAGAACCUGCCGAGAGAGUGUCAGUGCGAGAUUGGGAAGGACCCGUGCGGAGCGUUAGUUGGCGUCUCCGACCGCGUUCCUUGCAACCACCAGAAUCCUAUCGCAGGAAACAAGUGCUACAGUUACACAUUUUGUUGCAGGCCGAGCAAGACAGACCAGCUCUGUCAUGCCGCAUAUGCAUAGGAGUCUUGUUUCAUAGGUGUUUUCCUGUAGGAUUCCUGCAUUGCAAGUUUUCUAUCUCAUGCAGAGAAAUUUGUGUUGCUGAAUUGACAACAAAUGUGUAACUGAAACACUUUUUUCUUGCGAUAAAUCCUGACGGCUGCAGAGUAUCCAACAAGGAUGUGACAAUUUGCGGGAAAAUCGAUGUUGUGGAUGUGCAGAAAUCGCUGUGGGAGUGGGAAACAUUACCAGAUGGGACGAAAACUUUAAAAAGACGACGGUGGCCGAAGGGGAUUCCGGUCAAGUGUGACAAAAAUGUCAAGGGGAGAUUUGCGUUUCUUUUACUCCCCUCUGGGGAGGUGGAGCGGAUGCAGUCUUACCCCGGGCCGACGGGGUUGCGGAUUCUGUCCAUGACAGAAUUGUCGGUUUAUGGGCGGUUUUUGAACACGACAAGCACGACGACUUUGGCACCUGUUACGACGACGACUUUAGCGCCGACGACAACGACGCCGGAACCGACGACCACAACACUCGUGCCUACCACUACAACACUGGCGCCUACCACCACGACAACACCCCCGCCAACCACAACCCUGACAAGUACAACCACGCUGACCAGCACGACGCAAACUUUCACCACGACAAGCACGGUGACGGAAACUAGUACGUCCACGGUGACGACGACUUCUACGGUGACGGAAACGACGACUUCUACGGUCACGCAAACUACAACCAGUACUGUGACGGAAACAACAACGAGUACCGUGACGCAGACAACAACUUUGCCUGUCACGUACACCACAACGGUGACUUCAACGAGCACACAGACCACAACCAGCACCCAGACGACCACCGUGACACAAACGACAACUUCAACCGUGACGCAGACUACGACGGUGACCACAACUACUCCGGAGCCAACUACGACGACAGUAAAGCCGACGACUACGACUCUUCAGCCGACUACCACAACAGCUGAGCCACCGACGAGCACGAUAGUUCCUGAGGAAACGACGGCGAAGCCAGUUGUGACUAGUAGUACAAGUACUGCUGCGCCGACUUCUACUACGACUUUGGCGCCGACUUCUACUACGACUUUGGCGCCGACGACGACGACGCUGGCGCCGACGACGACGACGUUGACCAGCACCACAACUAUCACGACGACGAUCACCUUCACCACUACCAGUACGAUGACGCAGACCACCACUUCCACGGUAACGGAGACUACGACCGCUACGGUGACGCAGACCACCACUUCUACGGCCACGCAAACGACGACAAUUACGCAGACAACCACUACGAGAGUGCACAACUUUCCCUCCCUCUCAUUUGCGUUGCAUGAACAGCAACACAAGUGCUGGCAAAGAUGCAGCUUUUGCAUGACAAGUUCCUAGAGGACUGUAGUGCUGUUUUGGAUUCAUCCCGAAUCUGUCAUGCAAGCAGUGCUAACAGGCAAAGGGUGGAUUUGGACUUUUGCAUGACAAAUGAGCGGGAGGGGGAGUUGUGCACAUUCAUAACCACGUCUACCGUGACUCAAACGACAACGUCGACAAUGACGCAAACUACAACUAGCACGGCUACGCAAACCACAACCAGCACGGCUACCCAGACCACAACCAGCACAGUGACUCAGACCACAACCAGCACAGCAACUCAGACCACAACCAGUACAAUGACGCAAACGACGACUAGCACAGUGACUCAGACCACGACUAGUACGGUUACCCAAACCACGACCCAGACCACAACGCAGACCACAACGCAGACCACAACUCAAACCACAACGCAAACCACGACCCAAACCACCACCACCACGGUUUUGGUCCUGCCUUUCGCGCCCCCGGAUACAGAGGAGGUCUUUGACGAGGAGGUGCAGCAGGUUUCUGGUUCUGCGACAGUGGGUAUGGCGUUACCGGCCGGGACGAGUGGGGAGGAUCUCUUAA